CUGAGUUCCAAACAGCCUCUGGAAGCAAGGUCAGCACAAGAACUGUUCGUCGGGAGCUUCGUGAAAUGGGUUUCCAUGGCCGAGCAGCCGCUCACAAGCCUAAGAUCACCAAGUCAGGCCUUCAAGCAGUGACUGUCGCUGACGAUAUCAAGGAAAAAGUAAAACUUGACUUACCUAAAGUCAAAGGUCAACUGCUCAUUUUCGGCGCCACCAACUGGGAUCUCAUCGGAAGGAAAGAGGUGCCAAAAGCGCAAGCGGCCUUCAGGAACCUAGGCCAGAACUUGUGGGGUCCUCACCGCUAUGGCAGCCUGAGUGACGUGCAGGUCAGCAGUGUGGUGUCUGGGCCCUGUGCUGCCCACAGCCUCCUAAUCACCACUGAGGGCAAGCUCUGGAGCUGGGGUCGAAAUGAAAAGGGUCAGCUGGGUCACGGGGACACCAAACGCCUGGAGGCCCCAAAACUGAUUGAGGCCCUCGCAGACGAAGUGGUGGUGGCUGCAGCCUGUGGUCGCAACCACACCCUGGCAUUGACAGAGGGUGGCACCGCCUACUCGUUUGGAGAGAACAAACUGGGCCAGCUGGGCCAGGGCAACCAAACAGAUGCAGUCCUCAGUCCAGCCCCGAUCCAGUACAAUGGGCAGCCCUUGGUCAAGGUGGCGUGUGGGGCAGAGUUCAGCAUGGUGGUGGACUGCAAAGGAAACCUCUACUCGUUCGGGUGCCCAGAGUAUGGCCAGCUAGGACACAACUCUGACGGCAAGUUCAUUGCCCGCGCCCAGCGCAUCGAGUUUGACUGUGAGACCAUUGCACGCCGCGUGGCCAUCUUCAUGGAGAAGAGUAAGGACGGCCAGGUGACGCCUGUACCUAACGUGGUGGUCCGAGACGUCGCCUGCGGAGGAAAUCACACGCUGAUAUUGGACUCCCAGAAGCGGGUGUUUUCCUGGGGUUUUGGUGGUUAUGGACGGCUGGGUCACACGGAGCAGAAGGACGAGAUGGUGCCCAGACUGGUGAAGCUCUUCGACUUCCCCGGGCGCGGGGCAUCCCAAAUCUACACUGGCUAUCAGUGCUCCUUCACUGUAAAUGAGAUGGGAGGGCUAUUUUUCUGGGGGGUCACCAAUACCUCGCGGGAGUCUACCAUGUACCCCAAGGCCGUGCAGGACCUGUGUGGCUGGAAGGUCCGCAGUCUGGCGUGCGGGAAAAGCAGUAUAGUUAUCGCUGCAGACGACAGCACCAUCAGCUGGGGACCCUCCCCCACCUUUGGAGAACUGGGAUACGGAGACAACAAGGCCAAGUCCUCCACUACUGCUCAGGAGGUGAAGACCCUGGAUGGAGUUUACACUGAACAGGUGGUGAUGGGAUACGCACACUGCCUGGUCAUCGCCAGACAGGAUACUCCACAGGAACAAGAGAUGCUCAAGAAGCUGCCAGAGUACAACCCAGGCCCCCUCUGAUGGGGCACCAUCCAGCCACCUUACCAUUUGUCAACAGAUUCUCUCCAGAAUGCAUCUCCCCUUUAGGUCACCUUUGUAAGGCUUGAUGGAUGGCUGGGGAGGGUGGGCUCUUGUAUGUAUGCGAACACAAACAAGUCAGUUCUUUUUGUGUUUGUUCCCAAAGACCAAUGACAUUUUCUUUGUUCAUGAAGUCCAUGGCAGUAUUACUUUUUGUCAGGUCGAUCUGUAUGCAUUGUCAGAACACAAUCGGGAUCUGAGACAUUGUGCCAUCAAGUUGAUGCUCUCCGGCCAUUGACUUCUGUUACAUUCUUUGGUUAAUCUCUUCACUUGUAUGAUUAAAUGUUGGUGCCAAGGAUGCGCAACUGUCCCUCAGGCCAGUAUCUGCUUCUCAUUCCAGACUUUUUUCACCUCAGUGACCCCUUUUAGCCUGGGAAUAUAGGUGUGGGCACUGCAAUCUUGGCAAUGAGAACCAGCAUGAAUGUGGUUUUGCGACUCUCUUUUAGUGCAAAUGGUUAACAGGGUGUGGUUAUCCUAGUUUUAAAUCAAGAUUGGUUGUUUUUCUUAAUUUGUUUUGGUGUCUGGGUCAGAAGGCCCACAUGUUUUUUACAUUUCAAACGUGGAAAUGGUAAAGGUUAAUUAAAUUGGUUGAUUUUGUUCAGUCUGUUCUGACAUUGCCUCUCUCCUGCCCCAAGAGAGGUUUAAAGCUUUUGUUGGCCAGUACAUCUUGUCAUCACUGCUGUCAACAGCCUGGUUUUGACCACUGUAUGUAGCAGUUAGUAUGCAUCCAUCUGCUGACCAAUCAUCCACCGUACUUUGGGUGAGCUAGGAGUAGAUGACUGGGAUCGUACAGAUGGGCAAGUUUCUUGUACAUACCGAUGAUGUUCACUCCAUGGGUUGAUUUCGGGCCACACUUCUAGCACCAAUCUGAUUUAACCAAUUCUGACAAGCAAAUUUCCCCAUUUACCAAUGAGCAUAUCACACCUUACACAGGUUCUGAGCUGCCAAAUACUUGAUUCAUUUACAGAUGGUUAUGCUGGAUUAACAUUGUGGAAGGUUGACUGUUUUGUCUGCAUUUUGGGAGUUAUGGCUAGCUGAAUCGAGUGCCUUCAGAAAGUAUUCAUACCUGUUCAGUUGUUUCAGCCUGAAUGUAAAAUGUACUACAUUUUUUUACACUUGUAUACAAACACCCCAUAAUGUCAGAAUUGUUUAAAUUUGUACAAAUGAAAUAGCUGAAAUGUCUUGAUUCAUAAGUAUUCCACCCCUUUUGUUAUGGCAAUCCUAAAUAAGUUCAGGAGUAAAAAUGUGCUUAAGUCACAAGUUAUGUAUAACAUGAUUCUUUAAUGACUGCCUCAUCUCUGUACCCCACACAUACAAUUAUCUAAGGUCACUCAGUUGAGCAAUGAAUUUCAACCAAAGACCAGGGAGGUUUUCCAAUGCCUCUUAAAGGACACCUAUUUAUAGAUGGAUAAAAAUGACAAUCUGACACUGAAUAUCCCUUUGAGCAUGGAUAAGUUAAUGACACUUUGGUGUAUUGAUACAGAAUUCAGUCACUACAAGGAUACAGGCGUCCUUCCUAACUCAGUUGCCGGAGGGGAAGGAAACCAUAGAUUUCCCCAUGAGGCCAAUGGUGAUUUUAGAGCUGUUUAAUGGCUGUGAUGGGAGAUAAUGGAGGAUGGAUCAACAACAUUGUUACUUCACAAUACUAACCUAGUUGACAAGGUGAAAAGGAAGCCUGUACAGAAUAUUCCAUCAAGGCACUAAAUAGAAACUUAUGUUUGUGGCAAAUCCAAAACUGCACUUUAGAGUACCACUCUCCAUAUUUUCAAGCAUAGUGGUGGCUGCAUCAUGUUAUGGGUAAGCUUGUAGUCAUUAGGCACUGGAGUUUUUCAGGAUAAAAAAAUGAACCAUAGGAGCUAAGCACAAGAAAAAUUCUAAAGGAAACCUGGUUGUCUGCUUUCUGGAAGUUGAAUUCACCUUUCAGCAGGACAAAAGCCUAAAUCUACACUAGUAAUUUACCAAGAAAACAGUGAUGUUCGAGUGGCCGAGUUAUUGACUUAAAUCUGCGGCGAGACCUAAAAAUGGUCUAGCAAUGCUCUGCUAAUUUGACAGAGCUGGAUGAGUUUAAAGAAUAAUGGGCAAAUGUCACAACCCAGGUGUGGAAAGCUCUUAGCCAGAAAGACUUCUACAAAGUUGACUCAGGGGUGUGAAUACUUAUGUAAAUGAGCUAUUUCUGUUAUCCUUUUUCAAUAAAUUUGCAAACAUGU